UCUCUGUAUUAACACAUGUUUACUCUCCUAUUAACUUAUCCAGAUAACAAACAAACAAAAAACCUGAGUGCAGUGAUUUUGUUUUCUUUUGGCUAUGCAAGAUGUUUAUCAUUUUGGUGUUAUUUACAGGUACAUGGUACAGCCCCUGAUAUUGCUGGUAAGGAUCUAGCUAAUCCGACAGCCCUGUUACUGAGUGCGGUGAUGAUGUUGCGCUACAUGAAUCUUGGUGACUAUGCAAGACGUAUUGAAACGGCUGCACUGGGUGUGAUCAGAGAUGGACAGGUGUUGACGGGAGAUCUUGGAGGAAAGUCUACAUGUUCACAAUUCACAGAGGAGAUUUGCAGGAGAGUGCAAGCUCUAAAUUAGACCCCCAGUGAUUUUGAUUAGAUCUAUUUUAAAACGUUCAGAAUUUUUAGAUUAAACCCCAGUGAUAUUAAUGAAUAAGAUUCAUUUUAAAAUGUUCAGAAACAGUGUUAGUGAAAGACAUUUGCUGUACAAUGCUUUGUUUUCUAAGAAGUUAGAUAUUUUGUACACAGCUGUAAUAGAAUCUCAGAAUGAAAGAAAUAACAACAGUCAUAAUGAAGAGUGGGUAAAUAUGCUUGUGUAGCUUCAUUUGUACUUUGCAUCAGAAUGAUAGGUCUUCACUUUCAUUCAGCCAUUCUGUAUGGUAGCUUACAACUUCAUUGUUGUUGUGCUCUAAAUCUUAAGGAUGCACUUUGAUUUGCCUUUGUCUGUAUGUCCAGAUGUCCGUCCGUUCACUUUUAUGUUGCAUAUAUCUCAGAAACUAUUCAACCUACAUUUUGUAUUUAUCAAACACCAUAGGAUUGAUAUUUGGGGUGUGAAGUUGAGGACCUACGGUUUUGUUUGGGAUUUCACUCGAUAAAACCAGAGUUAUGGCCCUUGACUUAGUCAAAAAUAUAAAUAUGCUUUAAGGGCCUAAAAGUUUGUGUCACACAUAUUUAAAAAAGCAUUUGAGCUAGAGUCGUGAAACUAUCUAAGACUGUUGUUCAGCAUUUUAAUUUUUUCACCUGGGGAUUUAUGUAAGAUAUAGGGCUUCCCUCCAAUACACCACACACCACCAGCACCCUUUCCCCACCGGCACCCUUUCCCCACCGGCAGCCCCACCCAAAGGUAAUAAAGUUUAUUAAGUCUUGCAUUGUCACAACAUAUGGUAGACUAGCUCCUAGACUAUGAUAUAUCUUUUUUUACAUUUUUAUGAUUGAAUAUAGUGAACUGAGCCAGUCUGUAUCCUAUGUCCAAUUUCUUGAUAAUUUUAACAUCAUUCCUCUGUGAAAAUCUCUAAAAUAGACUAGCUUUUGUCUCUAUGAAAUUGAAUUCGACAAAAAAAGGGGGGAAAAUGUAGAAAUAUAUUUAUUAUCAGUCUAGUGGCUAGUCUAAACAUAUGGCUGCACAAUGACAGUUUAUGGGGGCUCCAGUGUCCGGUGGACACAAAUCUGGUUUAAGUUUAAAUAUUUCAUUUAAGGAAAGUUGUUUAUUACUAUACGAAGCAUGAAAUUACAGUAUAUAAUAAAGCAUUUUCUACUUUGACAUUUCAUAUCUUACAAAAUUAAUUAUUUUAGCACUGGAUAAAUGUGUUAUCCAUGUUUCAGUUGUCAUUUGGAAAAGAACGUGGCAAGGAUAUAAUGUGAUAACUCUUUAGUCUUGAAACAAGUUGCAUUAUUCAGGUAUCUGGUUUCAAGGUUAUAAAGCUUGAGUUUGAACACCAGUCUUAGAAAUACUGCCUUGUGAUUGGUCAAUUUCUAGACUGAGCUCAUAAUUGACCAAUCAGAUGCUAAAGUUUGGAGACUGGUCCACCAUACUUUGCUUUAUAAUCUCAGACCUUGAAUGGCAGUUUCAGACUACAUAGUUGCAAUGGACCAAUGGUAUUCUAGUAUUUUGAGACAGGUCUCUAAACUAUUAUUUUGAAUAGUGAAACCAGAUGAAAUGAUUUGUUGACAGCCAUCAGUUUAUGCCUUCAUAAAUAUUCCUUUUUUUUUGACACUAGCAGAAAAUUGAGGGAUUUUUUUCAUCUUGCUCAGCUGACCCCUUACCCAAGCGUAAUGUAUCAUACAAAAGGCUAAAAAUAGUUUUAUAGAAAAGGUUUAGCAACAAAUGAAAUAGAGCCAUACUGAUCAAAUGUUUUGGAAUGAAUACAGCAUAUACAAGUUGCUACAUAUUUCAAGUGAUUGGUGCCAAACUAAAAAUAAUAUGAAAGUCGAGAUUAGCCACUUUGUGUGGCAUAGCACCAUCAUGACAUAGAAGUAGCCUUGUCUAACAAGUAUUAGGCUAUUCUGUCUUCGUAUUAAAGUCCCUAUGUUCUUUUUUUUUCUUUGUGCAAUCAAAUCUGUUCAAUUUUCAGUGUUCUUGUAUGUUGUAAGCAGUUGUCUUAUUGUAAAAAUAUUGAUUUUAAUUGUGUAUUUUUAAUCCCCUCAAAUGUAGGCAUAUACUGUGACAUUGUUAUUAUGUGUGGGGGCUUAAUUCUUGUUGAGUUCAAGGUCAAGGCAGUCCACAAAAUGAAGCUGCAACAAACAAGUAAAAUUUCCAUUCAUUUUAUACUCUUACGACUAAAUUCACACAUUUAUAUCCUCAAGAAAUAGCUGUUUUGUCUGUAACUACAAUGUUUCGUGCCUGCGAAAUUAAAUCGCAAUAGUAAUUUCACUGAUCGUUAGUUUGUUUGUCUAGAACACUUCAAGCCACUUCAACUUUUAAACCAUCAAAGGAAUUCCAUAUAUAUAAUUUUGUUAGUGACUACUUCACACAAUUUUGGCAAAAAAAAAUUUUUUCAUAGGUCGAUUAAAUGUGGGUGCCUUGAAAGUGACCAGUGAUUCACACUUACUGACAUCUUGAUAAAUGACCAAAAAUUUUGUGCAGAAAUGAGUAGACCAUCAAAACACUUGAAAUAAUAGAGAAAUCAACAUUCCUCUUGCUUUUUACCGAUAUGUAACACUUAUUUUCUCUUACUUUAGGGGAAGGGAUUGGGGCAGUAAAUUCUUUGUAUACUAGUGACAUCUCUUUUUGAGUGUUGCAGUUUAUACAGCCACCUGUUCUCGUUACUGUGUUUUAUUUUAUGUUACAGUAUAAGUUGAUUUUUUAUCAGAAAUGUGAGUAUUAUAUCAUUUAUCACAGGAUAUGAAACUGUUAAGAAAUAAAAAGAUGAAAAAAUAA